UCUUGGGUUAAUAUUUAAAAGAUAAAAAUUAAGAAAUAUUAUACCUCCGUAAUAUUUGAAUAGUUCGCAUUAGUAACUACGGAUUUUCAAAUUGGAAAUAAAAUGAUCUGAGCUGGUCGUUGUAACCGUGUCGAAAUUAAGUAUAAACUAUACGAAGAGAGUCAACUGAGAAGCAAGCGAUAAAGGUUGUGUGCAAGAAAACAAGACAUGUGGGCGCCAAUCAGCUAUACACUCGUUUGUGUUGUCACAGUCAACCUAUUGGCCACAGCGGGAGAUGUGGCGCUGACCUGGACUUCACCGAUCUACCCCAAACUUUAUUCUAAUGAUUCGUCCAUCAACCCAUUGGGCAGACCCAUCACCGAAAGCGAGGAUGGGUGGCUGGGAUCUCUGGUCAACAUCGGGGCAAUGGUCGGUCCAUUUCCGUUCAGCUUUAUAGCCAAGAGAUUCGGAAGAAAAGUGGGUCUACUGAGUCUGGCUAUACCUCUCAUCGUAUCAUUCGUUGUCUUCGCCUUCGCAACGAACAUUUAUGUCUUUUACUUUGCUAGAAUUCUCGGAGGACUAGCGAUGGGUGGAGGCUACAGCUUGCUGCCAAUGUAUAUAGCAGAAAUAUCUGAGGACUCCAACAGAGGGAUGAUGUCGUUAACUCUGAACAUCUUCUGGGCCAUCGGCAACUUCUUACCGUACGCAAUUGGACCUUUUAUAUCCAUCACCUUAUUCAGUUUAAUUCUAGCCUGCAUACCAACGGCAUUUUUUAUAAUUUUCUUAGUCGUAGGUGUGGAGACGCCUUAUUACUAUGCAGGGGUAAACAAGGCGGACAAAGCAGAAAAGUCUCUGAUGAAACUCAGAUGUACAGGAAAGGAAGGAGUUCAAACAGAGCUCGACAGCAUCAAAGCUCACUUAAAACAGGACGAUGACGGCCACUUUUCGGAUAUCAUUAAAAGAAAGGAACUCAGAAAAGCUUUCAUCAUAUGCAUAAUUUUGAUUAUAGCGGAAGAAGCUUGCGGCUCGUGCGCCAUCACAUUUUACUUGCAACCCAUCUUCGAAGCAGCUGGUACUACCUUGUCUUCCGACAUAUCUGCACUUAUUGUUGGAGCUGCUCUGUUAAUAUCAAGUUUUGUUGCACCGUUUGUCGUCGACAGAGUUGGAAGAAAAUUGCUAACAGUGGUUUCUUGCAUUGGGAUGAUGAUAGCCUUACUGAUGUUGGGAGUAUUUUUCUACAUUCAAGAUUCUACCGAGUAUAGCACAGACAGUAUUAUGUGGGUGCCUAUAUUUAGCCUAAUUUUCUUUAUAGUAUCCUUCAAUCUUGGUUUGGGGUGUAUACCUUGGACUCUGUGUUCAGAGCUUUUUCCAAACAAUGUAAAGCACAUCGCAGCGUCGUCAGUGUCUAGUGUGUGUUGGAUUACGAGCUUCCUAGUCACGAAAUUUUUUAACGACAUGAAUGACCUUAUGGGUCGGGCGGGUACCUUUUGGUUCUUCUCCUGUGCGUGUUUUGCCGCCGGCAUAUUCAGCCUCAUCUACGUGCCAGAAACGAAGGGAAAGAGUUUUAGUGAGAUACAGGACAUGUUGAAGUACGGCACACAGAAGAAAACAGUCCAUGACAAUCAAAAGGCAGAUAUAAUCCUCAAUGAUAAAUUACGCACAGAUAAAAAUGGAUGUGAAAACAUUGCUUAUCUCCAUUCGCAUGAAUGACAAACAAUUAUCAGUUAUUUAUAUGUAUCACAACAAUAUUAUUUUAAUUUAUUGAAUGCGUUGUACCGAACAAAUAAAAAUAUUAAAAACUU